CACUGGGGGUGUCAGUGCAACGACCCCCAAUAUACAUUCAACAUACCUAAAUUAUGAAGGCUGUAUAUACACAAGUCCAAAUGACCUGAGUUAUCGACGCUCCGGAGACUGUACGGAAACGAGGAAGUUCGUAUGUGAAGUAGACUCUGCCUCGUGUCCUUCGGGUAAUUACUGGAUCUUGUACAACAACCAUUGUUACGCUGAUUCCAAUAACAAUGGAGUCGCAAAUGAAAAGACCUUCCAGGACGCCCAGGACUAUUGUGCUACGGACGGAGGACACCUCGUCACGUUUUCCGACUCCAACGAAGAAGAUUAUUUCGAAAGUAUCAUCUCAUGCUCUUUUUCGGAGUGUGACCGUUGGAUCGGUCAACAAUACGUUAACGCCACAGCAGACGAUUUUGCGUGGCUUGACGAUACGACGAUGGCUUGGAGUUCUUGGGGUUCGUUGCAACCUAAUCAUACCGGCUACUCAGACGGCUGUGUCUCCGUGGAUAUGAACGGGGAUUGGUUUACGUGGACAUGCUCAGAGUCGAUGGCAUAUGCCUGUCAGAAACAACCAGAGGCUGUAACUACAUGCACAGAUGGACCAACAACCGAAGUUGUAACUACAGAUGGACUGACAACCGAGACUGUAACUACAGAUGGACCUACAACCGAGGCUGUAACUACAGAUGGACCAACAACCGAGACUGUAACCCCAGAUGGACCAACAACCGAGACUGUAACUACAGAUGGACCAACAACCGCGGCUGUAACUACAGAUGGACCAACAACCGAGACUGUAACUACAGAUGGACCAACAACCGCGGCUGUAACUACAGGUGGACCAACAACUGAGGCUGUUACUACAGAUGGACCAACGGCCGAGGCUGUAAUUACAGUUGGGCCAACAGCUGCCUCUGUUACAACAUAUGAAUCGACAGCGGUCGACUUCUCAUACAGCUCAAAUCGUGCCAAAGGCCACCGUCUAGAAGGCCACAUAGUGGAAGCUGUAUACAUACAGAGAAAACUCCAAUGCGCCAAUGCAUGUCUCAACAAUGUUUCGUGUGUGGGCUACAACUUCGCCAAGCCUAAGGAUGUAACCGGGGCAAACUGUGAGCUUUUGGACACUACGAUAGAUGACGCAAGUGGAGCUGAUUUGAUUGAAAGCUCAGAAUGGAGCAGCUAUCAAGUUACACACAAGGCGAUGUCUACUUUAGGCCAGUGA